CUCUCUCUCCCCACGCACCCCCUUCUUGUCCAAAUCCAACUAGUGUCCUGUUCUCAUAUUAAUGGAUUAUGGACCACUAGAGAGCGGGGAGAAAUAGGAGGGAGGAGGAAAAGAAAGAGAAAAAUAGAUAGAUGGGAUUCUUGUCGUCAGCCCGUCUGCAGGGACCGAGCUCAACAGCGGCAAUCAACCCAUUCCCUCCUCCAUCUCAACGCAUCUCUACUUCCCACUUGAGCUUCCCCAAGAGCAGAGGCCAAACCGACCUCAGGCGUUCUUUCCAAUUCGCUCGGCAUCGGGGGAGAAGAAGACGAAGAGGGGCAGGAUCGAGCUCGGCGGUCUGUGUCCUGCCAUUGACUGAAGAGAAUGUUGAGAUGGUUCUGGAUCAGGUGAGGCCGAGCUUGAUGGCGGAUGGAGGGAAUGUGGCCCUGCAGGAGAUUGACGGCCUCGUCGUGGUGUUGAAGCUGCAAGGCGCGUGCGGGUCGUGCCCGAGCUCGACGAUGACUUUGAAGAUGGGCAUCGAGACGCGCCUCAUGGACAAGAUCCCAGAAAUUCAGGCGGUCGAGCAAAUCCUUGAUAGCGAGACCGGGCUCGAUCUCAAUGAGGAGAACGUAGAAAAGGUUCUUGCAGAGAUAAGACCUUACCUUUCGGGCACAGGAGGUGGUUUGCUGGAGCUUGUUCAGAUUGAUGGCUAUGCUGUGAAGGUUCGAUUGAGUGGACCUGCUGCUGGGGUUAUGACGGUCCGUGUAGCUCUGACGCAGAAGCUAAGAGAAAAAAUCCCUUCAAUCGCAGCUGUCCAGCUGACAGAGUAGUAAUCUUAAUUCCUAGUCCCAAAUGUCCUCAAGCAAUCUUGAUAUAUUGUAUCAUCACAAAGCAAUCAGCCAUUCAGUCAUCCCAGAAUUGAAGGUCUGAGUGUUAUCACUCAAUAGACUAACAUUCAGUAACUGGGAUUAUUCCCACUUUUACACUGUAUGAGAUAAUUUAACUUUCUUACAUUCAGCUCUA